AUGAAGCUUUGGCACCUCUUUACUAUUGAUGAUGAUCAAAUUAUUCUGCGAGCUGGUAAAAUUGGAAGUCAGGGAGACCAACAUGCGAAUGCUGAAGCCAACAUUCAACAGCUUGCCAAAACAAAACUUUCUUGCUCGCAUUCGUGUGGUUCAGGAGGACUUAAAACUGAAUCUCUUAACUUGAAUGAAGCAGGGUCGAAGACUGGCAAGGAAAUCUUCGAAGAUGAAUCAACAAUGCUACAGUCCUUGCUAGAAUUCACAGCUUGCAUUGUAAGGGAACAAAAGGUCAAAAAGGAUGCAUCCAGAUCCCGUAGCAUCAGGCCAACAGAUCUACCUGCUCACUCAAUGGUUUGCAAAACCAUGGCUUUUCUCAUUCCAAAUACUCCAAAACGAGACGUCCAGGUGAACUUGAUGAGCACUUGUUCAAUAACAAAUUCUCAUCACCAGGAGAACUGUCAAGGUGUAAGGAAGACUGCACAAGAUAAUCAUACUAGUGCCAACAAUUCUAGAAGAAGCAUAAAGCCGUCUAUAGGAGAAACACGGAAGAAACCUGGUGAGGAGAAUUUGUUAUUGAACACGUGCUCAUCAAGUUCACCUGGACGUCUCGUUUUGGAGUAUUUUGGAACGAGAAAAGCCAUGGUUUUGCAAACCAUUGAGAGCUGUGAUCUCCUUCCAGCUAGCUGGAUUUCUGUGGCUUGGUAUCCAAUUUAUAGAAUACCUGUUGGCCUGAUGCUAGGGGAUCUGGAUGCAUCCUUUUUGACCUUUCAUUCCAUUGCAAUGCAAGCUGUGAAUUCUAGCAAGGACUGUAGCAUUGUUGAUUCAUCUUCGAAGAUUUCCUUGCCAGUCUUUGACCUUGCUUCAUUCAAGUUAAGAGAUUCAGUUUUGAGUCCUCGUGAACCACAUGAAUGCGAGCAAGAAGGUUUUGCUUUGGCAAGCUGUUGA